UCGGGCGUUUAGAGAGGAGGAGCACUGCAACACUGCUGGAAUACCAUUCGUUGUUUCACGGGCCACUGCGCGUCAGGAAAGCGGCGUGAACUUCCCAGUCAGGAGUCUGGAAUGACGGUCGAUUCAACUAGCUUUCACGCCUCAGAAACCUUGUAGGCAACACGUUGCUGAAAAUUGUCAAGGUUAAUGAGGAUUCACGUUUUCCGGUGGACUUCUGAAACGGAACGACGCGACUCUUUUUGAAAGAACCGUGAGAGAAAAUAGAAGCAUUUGUGUUUUCAGCAGUUGACUUGGAUGAUGGUUGAUAAUUUAUCUUCAUUCUCAUCACUUUUAUGUAAACUGUGUAGAUUACGCUGGUCUGGUCCGUGGGUUGUACACGUUGCUUAACUUAAGUUUGGUGGUGAGUUUCUGUCAGAAAUACAUAGGUGUUCGUUUUUGGAUAAAACACAUUAUGGCCGAGCAAGAAAGUUUGGAAUUCGGAAAGGCGGACUUUGUUCUUCUGGACACCGUGUCUUUGGAAGACUUUAUGGCCAACCUUAAACUCAGGUUUGAAAAGGGCCGCAUCUACAGCUACAUCGGGGAGGUGGUGGUGUCGGUGAACCCGUACCGAGCCAUGAACAUCUACGGGCGGGACACCAUCGAGCAGUACAAGGGCAGAGAGCUGUAUGAGCGGCCGCCACACCUCUUUGCCAUAGCAGACGCUGCCUACAAAGCCAUGAAGCGAAGGAACAAAGACAGCUGCAUUGUUAUCUCAGGAGAGAGUGGAGCUGGAAAAACGGAGGCCAGUAAAUACAUUAUGCAGUAUAUUGCUGCUAUUACAAAUCCUAGCCAAAGAGCAGAGGUGGAGAGGGUGAAAAACAUGCUGCUGAAAUCCAACUGUGUCCUGGAGGCUUUUGGAAAUGCCAAGACCAACCGCAAUGAUAACUCCAGCCGGUUCGGGAAAUACAUGGAUAUAAACUUUGACUUUAAGGGGGACCCUAUUGGUGGCCAUAUCAAUAACUACCUGCUUGAGAAGUCUAGAGUCAUCUUCCAGCAGGAAGGUGAGAGAAGUUUUCACUCCUUCUACCAGCUUGUGAAAGGAGCUCCAGAGUCUCUGCUGCGAUCAUUGCACAUCAAGAAAGACUCUACCGCCAACGAUUACAUUAAAGUCGGAGGCCAUGUCAAGUCCUCCAUCAAUGACGGUGCAGAUUUCAAAGCUGUAGCAGAUGCAAUGAAGGUGAUUGGAUUCACCACGGAUGAGAUCCAGACCGUCUACAAGAUCUUGGCUACCAUCUUGCACCUGGGCAACCUGAAGUUUGGCAGUGAUGGUGAUGCGACUCUGAUUGAGAACACAAAAUUGGUGGCAGUGCUUGCGGAGCUGUUGUCCACAAAAGAAGAGAAUGUGGAGAAGGCCCUGCUCUACCGUACUGUGGCAACCGGUCGUGACGUCAUUGACAAGCAACACACGGACAAAGAGGCCAACUACGGUCGUGACGCCUUGGCCAAGGCUAUUUAUGAACGCCUCUUCUGCUGGAUUGUGGGCAGAAUCAAUGACGUUAUCGAGGUGAAGAACUAUGAUGCCAGAAUCCAUGGGAAGAACACAGUGAUUGGAGUGCUUGACAUCUAUGGCUUUGAGAUCUUUCAGAACAACAGUUUUGAACAGUUCUGUAUAAACUACUGCAAUGAAAAACUUCAGCAACUCUUCAUCCAGCUGGUGCUGAAGCAGGAGCAGGAGGAGUACCAGCGGGAGGGCAUCCCAUGGAUACAUAUUGACUACUUCAAUAAUCAGAUCAUCGUGGACCUGGUGGAGCAGCAACAUAAGGGCAUCUUCUCUGUGCUGGACGAGGCCUGCAUGAACGUGGGAAAGGUGACAGACGAGAUGUUCUUGCAGGCGCUCAACGGGAAACUGGCCAAACACGCUCACUACACAAGCCGCAAGCUCUCCCCUACCGACAAGAGCCUGGAGUUUGACAGAGACUUCCGCAUUCGCCACUAUGCUGGCGACGUGGUUUACUCUGUCGUUGGCUUCAUUGACAAGAACAAGGACACCCUGUUUCAGGACUUCAAGAGGCUGUUGUACAACAGCUCAAACCCUGUACUGAAGGCCAUGUGGCCCGAAGGCAAGCUCAGCAUCACCGAGGUCACCAAGCGACCCCUCACCGCAGGCACGCUCUUCAAGAACUCUAUGAUCUCCCUGGUCGAAAACCUGGCCUCUAAGGAACCGUACUACGUGCGCUGCGUCAAACCCAACGACGUGAAGUCACCGUUGCUGUUUGAGUAUGAGCGCUGCAAGCACCAGGUGGAGUAUCUGGGCCUGCUGGAGAACGUCCGCGUUCGGCGUGCUGGCUUUGCUAACCGCCAGACCUACGCCCGCUUCUUACAGAGGUAUAAGAUGAUCUCAGAGUUCACGUGGCCCAAUCAUGACCUGCCGUCAGACCAAGAGGCAGUGAGGCGCCUGCUCCAGGGCUGUGGCUUCGAGCAAGACGCCGCCUUUGGCAAGACCAAGGUGUUCAUCCGCACGCCUCGCACGAUCUUCAGCCUGGAGGAGCAGAGAGCCGAGAUGGUGAAAAGGAUCGUCCUCUUUCUGCAGAAGGUGUGGCGUGGCACCAUUGCACGGAUGCGUUAUCGUCGGAUGCGGGCAGCGCUGACCAUUCUGCAGGCGUACCGCCGUUACAAGGUCAAGUCGUACAUCCGCGAGGUGAACGCUCGCUUCCGAAACGUUGGAAGCAUGAAGGACCGUGGCAGGCACGUGAAGUGGCCCACACCUCCCAAAGUACUGCGCAGGUUUGAAGAGGCCCUGAGGAACAUCUACAACAGGUGGUGGGCCUGGACCCUAAUUAAAGGCCUGUCUCCCGAGGAGAAAUUACAGGUCAAGGCCAAAGUUGCCACACUGGAGUGUCUGAAGGGUCAAAGGGCAGACCUGGGCCUACAGAGGGCCUGGGAGGGCAAUUAUGUGAAGAGAGAUACUCCUGAGAGAGCGUCAUCAUUCACCUUGGUGUCCAGUGAUCUGCAGAGGAAAGACAAGUUCAUGAGGGUCCUCUUUUCCUGCAAUGUCCGGAAGAUCAACCGCUUCAAUAAGUCAGAGAACAGGGCAGUGAUGAUCACUGAUCGCCACCUCUACAAGCUGGACCCACUGAAACAGUACAAGCCCAUGAAGAGCACCCCACUCUAUAAUGUGACUGGCUUGAGUGUGUCCCCAGGGAAGGACCAGCUGGUCGUCUUCCACACCAAGGACAGCCGGGACCUGAUUGUGUGCCUGCAGGGCAUGGUGCCAGCAGGGGAGAGCCGCAUUGGCGAGCUGGUGGGCACCCUGCUCAGUCACUUCAAAAGUGAGAAGAGAAAGCUUCAGGUGAACAUUGCAAAUCCCAUUCAGUGCAGUAUGAAUGGGAGGAAGUGUACUGUUGUUGUGGAGACCAAGAUUAACCAGUCACAGCCUGACUUCACCAAGAGCCGAUCGGGCUACAUAUUGGCGGUGCCAGGCAACUAAAGUACAAGAAUGGAGACCGCACGACAUCAUCCACUGUCGUGUCAAGUCAUGCUUCAGUUUAAUUUCAAAAUUAAAGCCAUACAAAUUUGCCUUGAUAUAGGCAAGAUUUCUCUACCAUAGGAUGUCUAAGGAGUAUAGUGAUGGGGAGGAAUGUCCCUGAAAACUCAGCAUGAUAUUUAAUCAAGAAACACCCGAGGUGCAUAUAUGAAAUGCACCUAAUUUCAAAUUCAUCAGUAAGGUCACUGAUGUCUCAAAGUUUAUUUAUUUAUAAUUUCAGCCAAAUUAAAGGGAAACGCAUAGUAAAUAUUUAUAGGAAACAUAAGAUUCAACUAUUUGAAAUAUAUAGCAAAUAUGCUGGAAAUAGGGGUUUUUAUUGUUUAAAGAGAAUAUUUUUGUUUUUGAUGAAGCAUUCAUUUGGGACCAAGUAUGGAUAUGAUUCCAGGUUUAUGCAUAUCCUAGAUCAUAGUGGUCAUGUAACUGACAUCCCGGCUUGUUCCCCGUAGGCUUUCUAGAGGGAUAUGUUGAGCAUAUCCAUAAACUCACUAACUGCUCGUAAGUGUUUCAUAACUUAAAUUCUUUUGUCUUGUUAUGCAUAUUUCAUAUAUGGAGUUUCAGAUGCAGAUGUAAAAGGAUUUUGUACCACAAUUUAUAUAGCUAGAUUAUAUACGAUUUUUACACAUCUAAGUUACACAGUCACAUGUCUGUGAAACAAGUGAGACAGUUAACAAAAGGCAGGAAUUUUGUAAAGAGGCAGCGAUUUCUUUUGUUGUUAUAAAUGGUCUAGAUUCUUAACAAGUGUGCUGAUAGAAAUGUCUGUCUUACAAUGAAAACCCUGUGGGAGCACUCUCUCUCUCCUGCAGGACAAAGCCCGACAGAAAAGACUGCUCGAUUUUAGUUAUUGAUCCUGCACUCACUUGGAAAGGCAUAUGCUCAUUUGAGCACUUCUGUCAUGUUUGUUUGACAGGGAUAAGAUAUGACUGUCAUGUACAUUUAAUGGGUAAUAUCUGACUUUCACAUUUACAAAGACACGUAAUUUAUUAAUAUUUGGAAUGAAGGAAGGUUAUUUUAAGCCAAAUGUAUGUCCGUCCGUCCCCCCCCCAUGCCUAAAUAGCCUGAUUAUUCCAUACUAGCAAGCAUACAAUUUUGACUAUACUGUACCCAAUCUAUGGUAUACACUCUAUUACCUUCUGAAGGUGUUAGUUACUCUAUGUGAUCAUUAAUAAAGGUAAUCAGAGAUAAUGUGUCAUAAUCUGAAUGUAAAAUGGAGAUAUCUUGAGUGUGCAUGCAUGCAUGCAUGUGUGAGUGAAGGUGCACUGUUGAGUGAGAACCCAGAGAGAAUUGUUCAUUCGUAUUUACCAAAUCAGGAGUGCAGCAUUCGGAGCGCAGCCUCCAGGAAGUCUGGCUCCUUUUUCAAGAGCCCUUUGCUGAGAGAAGUGGCAAAGUAAAAAGGGACUUGCUUCAGGAUUUAUUUCCUGAGCAAACCUUUGUUAAUCUGUUUCCUAAUUUUUAUUCAAUUUUAAUAUCUUUACUAAAGGUUUGGAGGAGAAUUUUUAUUUCAUGUCAUUUUCUUGUCAUCUUUAAUUGUCCUUGGCCAUAAAUUAUUACUAGAUAUCCAUAUCUUUCAACAGUAAAUAUUGAAAUGGAUCUAAUUGGUGCAGGAAUACUAAGUCUAAUGUCCAUUGUUAGACCACUAAAAUUUGGAACAGAUAAUCACAAAUACUGAUCCUCAUCAAAGAUGAGGUAAGGUUGGAAAAACAAGCCUCGCACAGCCGCAUACAGCUUGACGCAGUUAUUUCUUUUGGCAGGUUUUAAAAAUAUUCUGCCGCUCUCUUCCACUUCCAGCGGGUUCUUGUCCUUUGAUGUCUUUAUGUAUGGAGAAAUCCCUUUGUUUUG